AUGGAUAAGGGAAGUAAGGGUUGGUGGGAAUUUCCUAGAUGGAGUCAUGUAUAUGAACAAGGAACGGAUGAAUACAUUGAGAAAGCCUUUGCUAUAAGGUCCCAAGGGAACCAGAUUAGUUGCCCAUGUUCUAAUUGCCAUCAUCGAUAUUGGUAUGGUAGAAAUGACGUAAGAGAUCAUAUUAUUUGCAAUGGCUUUGUGCCAAGAAACGAUGAAACCUUUCAUCUAGGUGGGAUGAGCCCUGAAAGAGAAGUUGAGGAUCCUCAACACGAUGAACCAUCAAACAUUAAUGAUCGUAUACAAGAGUUGUUGAGUGAUGCUUUGAGAGAAGGGCCAAAUGAAGAGGCGAAGAAGUUUUUUCGCCUAAUAGAGGAAGGCAAACAAGAGUUGUAUCCGGGUUGCAAAAAAAUGUCUAGACUUGCCUUCACAAUUCGCCUCUACAUUUACAAGUGUAACCAUAAGUUGUCCGAUGUUGCAACUGCUGGUUUACUAAAUUUCUUCAAGGAAGUUCUCCCCGAUGAUGCAAUAUUGCCCACAUCUAUGCACGAAGCGAAGAAAGUUUUAAAGUUGUUGGGGUUGGACUACAAAAGGAUAGACGCUUGCCCUAAUGAUUGCAUGUUAUAUUGGGCGGAGCAUGCAAACGCAACCAGUUGUCAUGUCUGUGGAACUUCAAGGUGGAAAUCGAAGGAUAAUGAUGAAGAUGACAAUCCUAAUGAAAAAACUCGUAGAAUUCCAUCUAAAGUUCUAAGGUACUUCCCAAUCAAGAAGAGGUUGCAAAGGUUAUACAUGUGUGCCGAAACAGCAAGUUUUAUGACAUGGCAUAAAACUGCAGGAGAGAAGGAUGGGCUUUUGCAACAUCCAGCCAAUGGUCAAGCUUGGAUCAACUUUGACAAAAUAUAUGAAAGCUUCUCCAAGGAACCCCGUAAUGUGAGACUUGCAUUAGCCACUGAUGGUUUUAAUCCUUUUAACACAAUGAGCAUUGUGUACAGUACUUGGCCAAUCAUUUUGAUCAAUUACAGCUUGCCUCCAUGGUUGGCAACAAAGUCCGAGUUUUUAAUGCUUUCAUUACUUAUACCUGGACCUUUGUCUCCUGGAAAUGCCAUUGAUGUCUAUUUACAACCACUUAUCAAAGACCUCAUUAAUUUGUGGGAGUUUGGCCUAGAAACAUAUGAUGCUACAACCAAUACAAGGUUUGACAUGCAAGUAGCUUUGGUGGGUACCAUUAGUGAUUUUCCGGGUUAUGCAAUGUGA